CUGUUCGGAUCCAAUCAAGCGGGCCCGAAUAUGCGAGAUGGAUUUUCAGUCGCAAACGCGCAAUUAAAUCACUCGGAUCGAGGUUAGCAGGUUUUUGGGUGCGCGAGUGUCGAUGGGGAGUUUUUGCGCGAUUACGGUGCACGCCAUCACGCUCUAAUCGGCCCAAAUGGAAUGGGGCUCUUAAGGCGCCCGCAAUGCUGCCAAACACCGCAAGAAAGCUGAACAGUUAAGACUCCCCCAAAUGGAAGAAAAUGCCCAAGCAGCCACAGGAGCGGAUGUGCCGAUCGCCCAACAUGUUCAGGAAACGUUCCAGAGAGCGCAGGCAGGACGAACGUCGGACCGCCGAUAUCCGGGCAAUCCACCCGGGGUCGUUCCAGUCCCAAGGGGCAGCAAAGGGCCCAGAAGUCUCUAUCUGCGACGUUAUGGCGACAGCUUCGGAUUCACUCUUCGGCAUCUCAUCGUUUAUCCGCCAGAAUCGAUUGCUGAGGACGAUGGAAGGCACGCAGCGUGUGGGGCGCUGCUCGCCCCCAUGGAGACGAUCUUCGUAAGGCAGGUGCGCAACGGCACCGCCGCCCAACAGGCAGGCUUGCAACGUGGCGACAGGCUGGUGGCUGUCAACAACGUGGCAACAGCGGGGCGCAGCUACCAGCAGGUGGUGCAGCUGAUCUCCAACAGUCCCGAGUACCUCCAUCUGUUGGUCGUGCCGAAAGAAGAGGACGUGCUUCAACGCUUUUUCCCGGACAGCGCCUACAAUCCGCUCUCGAAUCAGGACGUUUAUGCGGACGGUGCGCCACUGGAUCGCGCCACUGCGCAGCACUUUUUGACGCAACAGAUUGCGCAGAGCGCGGCCGCCGCUGCGCCGCAGGAAUUCCGCGUGGACGCCGCCUCCUGGUUCUAUUUGCAGCAGCCCCACCUGCUGGCCGUGCCGCGCAACCGCCGUGCGGACGUGGGCAGGGGCGCGCAUCAGCGCAGCGCUGACACUGCGCGCAGUCGCGCCCCCUUGGCAGCGCACCAGGAAAUUUACGCGGAAAUUCGACGUCCUAAUGAGGUACAUUUUCGUCAAAAGUCGCGCGCACAGCCCCAGGUGCCGCUCUAUCGCAAAAUGGGGCGCAGGGCGAGCGAAGGCAGCAAUUUGCUGGCCAGUGCCGACUGCAGCGCCACAUCACUGACGUCGUCCGACGGCGAUUGCGGCCACUACGGGGAGAGCAUGCGCGCCAUGCAGAACGACCCGCACGGCCUGCCAUCUAGCGGCGACCCGCGCAACGACGCUGUCAGACGGGAGAGCACCAGUUCCCUCGCCUCCUCUGUAGCCGACAGCAGCAAAGACAGUUUAGCGUCGUUCGGCUCGAAUUCCACAUUGACCGGACACGAAAUCGACGAUUCGGUGCGAAUAUCGCGGGUGCGACAGAGCGUGCGCCAAAAAGAGGAAUUUUUACGGACGCCGGUGUUUCGCGAGUUCCACGGCCGCCCCAAGAAGCUCGAGCGGCCAGUUUGGCCGCCCAGCGACGCCACCGUCGAUUUCCGACCGAAUGGGGGCGUGGCCAAGGCGGCCACGCCCCUAGUGGAUGCGCAGUUGCCGCGCCACGAUCCACCGCUUGCGGAGAYGGCGCCAUCUUUCGACGCCGGCGAAACCAGCAGACAGUCGGUGGCCGAGGCCAGACGGAGCGUAAUUAAUUAUAUUUUGGCCUACUUGUUCCCCAUGAUGAACGCGCAUCCGCACUUCCAGAACGUGCAAAAGAAGGCGAAGGAGUUUGAAAGUUAUCCGGUGGAUGCGAGCCGCAGGAAUUUCACGCGCAGCGAGUUGGCGCGCCUCAGUAAAAAGGUGCUGCUGCCGAACGUGAACGAACGCGCGCACGAAUACGAGGUGCGCACGUCGGCGAAGGAGUCGCCGACUGGUGCUGCUGCUGCGGCUGCGCCGCUCACCAGCACCACCAGCCAAACGAACGUCAAACGAAUACAGAGAGACAGUCGGUCACUGGACAGUUCAGGUAGCAACAGUAGCAUCUACGAGCCGCUAUCCAGUCUGGCCAGGCAGCGACUGUCUGGAAAUGUCAUCAUUUCCAGUGGCAGCAAGUACAUCCAUUGUCCGCCGCCAGGGGUCGAGCCGCGCACUCCAGAUAUUCCCUCUGCUGGACAGUUCCGGGCGCGGUCCAACUCGGCCGAGUCCUGGGCGACCGCCCAGGGAGACAAAGACUCAGUCACAGCCACGCCCCCAUCGCAAAUGUCCACGCCCCCCGCCUUCCCGCUCCACUCCCCGUCCCCGCUCAUCCCCGAGCCGGUGCUGCAACUGCAGUUCCCCCCCCACCCUGUCAUUGCGGUGACGCCCCCCCGCCCCUCCAGUCUGGAUCUGGAGCAGCCGCAGCGCCCCGCCAGGGGGCAGUUCCGGAGCAGCGAGGCCACUAACAGCGCCAGCUGCGUGGUGAAGCGGCGCACUAAAACUAACUUUGGUGGGGAUGAGCGCGCGCGCCGCCCCGAGUCCUACCUGAAGGCGACCAAGGGCGACCAGGGGCCGUUUGGGUGUGACGUCAGCGACUAUGAGGACGUGCCGGCGCAGGCGCAAGCGAUGCGAAACCGGUAUAGGAAGUGGCAUCCCUCCCCGUUUUACGGGGACAUUGAGCAGCUGCGCAAAAUGUUCGAGGACGCCGCCUCCUACAAGGGCGGCAGCGGCAGCGGGAACAGCAGCAGCAGCUCACUGGACAAGGACAGGACAUGCGCCAGCCCAGUGGCGUACAAGCACGAAUCGGAUGGUGUGGUGCGCGAGGGCGUGGUCAACUGCAAAAUACUGGAAAUCGAAGUCGCUCCUCAGCGCCAUGACGAAGCUGAUCGACCAGAAGCUGAAGCAGCAGCCGGCAACACCGGCCGCGCCCACAAACGAGGAGGAGGCGCAAGACUCCUACAAGAACCCGAGCCUGCACAAGAACCAGCUGACAGAAGCGCCGGCCGCUGUCAAAGAGACCAAGCCGGAGAAGGAGAAGGAGGAGGACACGCGCGCCUCUGAGCAGGUGCCAGACAAUGACAGGCACAUUUGCGUCAAGUUGCGCAGGUCCGAGUCGCUGAACAAGCCGACGGACCGUGCGCUGCCCUCAUUGGCUGCGAAAGUGAGACGGAGCGAGAGCCUGAAGCGCUCGGACAGCCUGACCAAGACAGAGAAGACCGAGAGCAACAUCAAUAAGCGACGCGAGCUGCUGUCAUCGGGCAGACGGUUCAAGGAGGCGACGACUGCGACAAAGAAUAAGCGCAAGAACGGGAUGCCAGAUCGGUCGAUCAAGCGACGUCACACAGUGGGCGGCACGAAGGACCCGGACAAGGUCACCUACUUGAUGGACAAUCGGCGCGACGAGAACAACCCGCAUGCGCAGAACAACAAGGAGAAGGGGAUCAGAACGAGCUCGCCCGAUCUGAGCGGCAGCAGGCGCGAGCGCUUCCUCUUCGAGAUCAAUCUGAUCGCGCCUGAGAACAUGGUGGUGGCGCUGAAGCAGCAUCUGAUCGGCACCCGAUCAGAAAUCAGCGCUCAGAACACGUUUAAGGUGCCGCUCGAAUCUCACGUGUAGAACCGAGGUGGAGUGCAAUGGAGGCCGGGGGCUGAUUGAUCAAUUUUUAUGGUAUUCUAACCAAAUGUGAUAUUAGGUUAAGUUUAUAUGGAACCCUGCGGCAGAAGCUUUGAAUGAGUCCCGGUAGGGGCCAAGGUUGAUUGAGGUACGUCCUUUUAAUGUCCCGAAAAGUCGUUAAAAAAACGUCGGGCUUUUUGCUCGUAGGUCGCACUGACAGACGUUUUUUCGACGUACGUACUUUUAGCGUCCCGACAAAUGCGUUUAUGGGACGUUGGUUGUUCGCCUGCAACUUCAAAUGUGCGGCUUUGCCAUUUUAAAUAAUUCUUCUUUGCAGUUUUUGUUUAGAUGAACGUGCCUUUAACGUCCUAAAAAGUUUUCCAAAGAACGUCGGUAAUUUUCGAGAAAUAUUGAUCACUAUUGCAAAUACAUCGCUUUUUUACGUAAAAUCACACUUGCCGUGCGUGUUCUGACAAACGCACUUUUAACGUCACCAAAAUGCGUUUUUAGGACGUUGGUCGUUGACCUGCAACAUCGGUUUAGGCAACUUCAAAUGUGCGGCUUUGCCAUUUAAAAUCAUUCUUCUUUGCAGUUUUUGUUUAGAUGAACGUGCCUUUAACGUCCGAAAAAGUUUUCCAAAGAACGUCGCUAAUUUUCGAGAAAUAUUGAUCACUAUUGCAAAUACAUCGCUUUUUUACGUAAAAUCACACUUGCCGUGCGUGUUCUGACGAACGCACUUUUAACGUCACAAAAAUGCGUUUAUGGGACGUUGGUUGGUGACCUGCAAAAUCCGUUUAGGCCACUUCAAAUGCGUCGCUUUUUCACUUGACAUCACACUCAUGCGGCGUUUUUUUGACGUACGUACAUUGAACGUCAGAAAAAAUGCCUACGUGCUCAUAACGUCCCAAAAACGCUAAUUUUCGAGUAAUAUUCAUGAAAGCUAUUGCAAAUACACCGUUUUUUCGCGUAAAAUCAUACUUACCGUGGGUUUUCUGACAAACGUUCAUUUAACGUCCGAAAAAUGCGUCACUUUUCCACUUCCACUUAAAAUCACACUCACGCGGCGCUUUACACCGUUUUUUCGCGUAAAAUCACACUUAUCAUGCGAUUUCUGACAGGCGUACUUU